CCAAAACCAAACGCCCCUGCGUUUCUCUGCUGUGCUGGAAACGGUCCUCCUCGCCGAGCGGGCAGCCGGCUCGUGACUCCAUGGAACGGGUUUCGCUCCGCUCUCGUUUACACCAGCGCCCUCGAAAACGGAUCUAGCUGCUUCCGCGCCCACCCCAUCGCUCUCGACAGGUUUCCAGAAUGCGCCUCCUCCUGCGAUGCAACCGGGGCGGACGAGCCCUUAAAACACAAUCCGGGGGGCCGGAUUUUGGUGGGGUGGCGGCGGCGGCGGCAGGCAGGGGCAGGAUGCGGUAAAAAGCGGAGGGACUGAGCCCUGAAAACGGGGGAGGAGGGGGUGCCUUGCGCACCUCCAAGGCACCGGGAUCCUCCAGGAACCAGGCGACGUUUGCGCAGCGGAAGGCAGCCCCGCCCCCUGUGCGCGCAGGCGCGGCCAGCCUGAGGUUCCCGCAGGCUCAGCAUUCAGUGACCACAGGCUGAUGAUUGUAGUUCUGUUCUGUGUGGCUUAGGCAAGGUGAUGGAUGGACGAGCAGAGAUGGAAGUGAUAAGAAGCACAAAAGGCAACGCGACAGGGGAAGUCAGUGUCCAUUUGGUUGCCAAUGAGAAUACUGUGCAAAAUGCCCACCUACCAGCAACCGCCUUCAUCAUACCAGCAAACACAACCACUGUAAACCUUCCAACAAGCACCUUAGAAAUCCAGCGAUUCCCUCGGGAACCCCAGAAAAGCGUGGGGUCUGAGAGGCAAAGAGAGGGCCUGGGAAACGAGCCGAUCACAGCGACAGUCAUCCCCCAGAUCAGCGGAGUUCAGACCUGCAACACCAUCCGGGUUCUGGAAUGGAAGGAUGGAGUGGCCACUCUCCCUGGAAGCAACCUGAGGUUUCGGAUAAAUGAAUAUGGGACGCUGAAAGUGGUCAGUGCUGACAAGCUUUUGCCAACAGAGCCCCUAAAGGAGUGCCACUCAGAAAGAGAGGGAGAGGAUGAGGCAGCAGCACCUCUCAGCAAGGAUAAUCCCACCGUGACUCAAGACUCUGAUGUCCCAGAGGCUCCCAAGCUGCCAACCGUGGACAGCCUGUGCCAUUGCAGCACCUGCGGCCGAAGAAACGUUUCAGGGUCAGCCCAGGAAGGAAGAGGGUUUUGCAGUGAGAACUGCCACCGGCAAUUCAAAGAAAGGUCUGUCAUCGUGGAGAACUCUGCUGGCAGCACCAACUCCACUGAAAUCCUCAAGCCAGUGAAGAAGCGGAAGAGGAAAGAUUACCAAAGCCCCUCCGAGGAGGAAGAGGAAGAAUCAGAGCAAAUGGAAGUGAAGCAAGAGGAGACAAAUGGCUCUGGAGGAGAACUUCCUGCUGGCAGCAUGGGGCAUGAAGAAUGGAACACAAGUCAGCCUGUUUCCAGCGAGGAGAAGACAGAAGGUUGGACCUGGGCAUCUUACCUUGAAGAACAGAAAGCCAUUGCUGCCCCUCUAAAUCUGUUCCAGGAACACCAGUCGACCCCCCAGCACAAGAAUGGUUUCAAGGUGGGGAUGAAACUGGAGGGGAUCGAUCCUCAGCACCCUUCUAUGUACUUCAUCCUGACUGUGGCCGAGGUAUGUGGAUAUAGGAUGCGCCUUCAUUUUGAUGGCUACUCUGAAUGCCAUGAUUUCUGGCUGAACGCUGACUCCCCCAACAUUCAUCCUGCCGGCUGGUUUGAAAAAACAGGACACAAACUCCAGCCCCCAAAAGGGUGUCUAGGUUACAAGGAAGAAGAUUUCAACUGGGCCAACUAUCUGAGGAUAACCAAAGCUCAGGCUGCUCCAAAGCACCUAUUUUUCACUCCAGACAGUAACGCUGCUCCUACAGGGUUCCAAGUGGGUAUGAAGCUUGAAGCAGUGGACCGCAUGAAUCCUUCUUUGAUAUGCGUUGCCACAGUGACAGAUGUGGUGGACAAUCGCUUUUUGGUGCACUUUGACAACUGGGAUGACACAUAUGACUACUGGUGUGACCCCAGCAGUCCCUACAUCCACCCGGUUGGUUGGUGUCAGGAACAUGGGAAGCCCCUCACUCCUCCACAAGACUACCCUGAUCCUGAGAACUUCAGCUGGGAAAAAUACUUGGCAGAAACAGGUGCUUCUGCGGUGCCAACUUGGGCCUUUAAGGUGAGGCAGCCCCACGGCUUCCUGAUCAACAUGAGGUUGGAGGCAGUGGACCGAAGAACUCCCUCCCUGAUCCGAGCAGCCUGUGUGGAGGAUGUAGAAGACUACAGGGUAAAGAUCCAUUUUGAUGGCUGGAGCCAUAUCUACGAUUUCUGGAUAGACUCGGACCACCCAGACAUUCACCCAGUGGGGUGGUGCUCAAAAACGGGGCAUCCACUGCAGCCUCCUCUCAGGCCAAAGGAACCUGUCUCUUCUGCCAAUGGGAGCUGCCCAACUUUGGCCUGUAAGACCCUCCCCACCACCAAGAGUUCCAAAUACAGCUUUCACAGGAAGUGUCCAACCCCCGGUUGCGAUGGCUCAGGUCAUGUGACCGGGAGAUUUACAGCACAUUACUGCAUCUCAGGGUGCCCCCUGGCAGAGAAGAACCAGGGAAGAAUGAAGGCAGAUCUCUCAGACACAGAAAACUCCGUCCGAAAGAGGAACUUGAUCGGCUUCUCUCAGCGGAAGAAAUCACGGCACCAUGGAAGGGGACGACCUCCGAAAUACCGGAAAAUCCAGCAGGAAGACUUCCAAACUAUUUCUUCAGACAAUAUGCACCAGUCUCUCUUUAUGUCAGCCUUGUCAGCGCACCCGGACCGUUCCCUCUCCCUCUGCUGGGAACAGCACUGUAAGCUCCUGCCUGGAGUGGCUGGGAUCACAGCAUCUACUGUAGCCAAGUGGACCAUUGAUGAGGUCUUCAGCUUCGUACAGACACUGACAGGUUGUGAGGACCAAGCGAAACUCUUCAAGGACGAGAUGAUUGAUGGUGAGGCAUUCCUUCUGCUGACUCAGACUGACAUCGUGAAGAUCAUGAGCGUCAAACUUGGCCCAGCGCUUAAAAUCUACAACGCCAUCCUCAUGUUCAAGAACGCUGAUGAUACCUUGAAGUGAACCGCCCUUUGACUUUUCUCCCACGUGGGAGCUGCCAAACUCUCUGUCUCGGCAGAGUAGAGACCUUCCCGGCUGCUGCAGCUGUAAAAUCCUGCCAACUUGCUCUCUCUUUUGAGUCUUCGUCUUUGUUUACAUGCCAAAUCCAUUCCCUGUCUGUCUUCCUCCAGCCAGCCUUUCCAAAUACUGCCCUGAUUCCUGUCUAGCAGUGGAGCUCCAGCACUGACCUGCCCAAUCUCACAGACCCUAUUCUCCUGAUGGUUUUAAAGGCACACGCAACAGGAAUUUGGAGAUUUGGUGUGCUAUCGGGUUUAACCUGCCUUGAAUUUAACUUACUCAGCUGCCCAGGUUCUUACAUUAUAAAGCGUGCCUGGAUUCACAUGAUGCAGAAGAGGAAAAUAUCUACAAAUGGACCACCGGCGUGAUCACCAAAUGGCAGCACGCACUGGGAAGCACCUCUGAUGUUUCAGGGCAAAUGUCAGCCUCUAAUAAUCAGGGAUUCGAUCGUGAACUUCACAAGGGGCAGAGUAUCUACAAUAUAUCCAGGGACUGGCUGAAGCACUAAGUAAGUGUUGGUCCUUCCAAGACAGGCUACAGGACUAAGUACAUUAUUGAUGAAGGAAUCCAUCCUAACAAUUCUGGAGUCAUUUCUGCUGUUGCAAAAAAAAAUUGGUGCUCAGAAUUUAUAGACUUGUAAUAUUGCCAUGCUACUUGUGGAGGAUGAGAGAAACAAAGAAGAUCAUGUAAUAAUGUUCCUUGGUUUAACUUCUGUUCCUUCUGCAAAUCGCACUUCAAGCAAUUUUUCUUUUUAAUAUAUAAAAAAAUGUGUGGAGCAGAGUGUCACAGAAAACAAGCAAACUAGCAACAUUUGUACUUUAAGCAAAAGCAUUCUUCUGAUCCAUGGGAGGAGUGACUGCUCUUAGGGAUAGCCAGCUAACGUCGUUCUGGCCUGGCAGGUGCUGUAUUGUAUGAGAAAAAGAAAACAGAUUCUGUACAAUGCAGCAGUUCUUAAUUUCUUUGUUCUGGACGCAUCAGCUGUGCCCCAUCAAACCAUAUUUAGUUCAGUGUGUGCCAAAUGUUUACAUUCAGCUGCUUGACAGUGUCACUUGAAAAUGAGAAGCUGGCUUUAAAAAAAAAGAAGUUUUUUACCAUAUGGAUACAAUGUGAGCCUAAGCUUUCAAGCUUUUGAAAAUAAUUCUGCUGUUGACUACAUGGGGUUUUUUCCUGUGCCCCCUUUAUGUUGACUAAUGAAGCAAUGACAGAGGCUGUUCUGAUGAGCUACUUUCCCUAUAGUGUAGCCAUGUGACUAAAAGGCUCAGGUUGCAACAUCAGUUCUACCCUUAGAUAGUGAGAAACUGGCCUCAGGCAGCAUAUUUCUGAAUGCGGUUAAAGGACAACUACUAUCCUGUUAAUGUAUUAUUGUUUGUUUGAUGGAGGUUGGAAUGCCAUAUGAAUUUUCCACCUCCAGUGCCAAAAUAUCUUGGAAUGGUCCUAUGAAGUUGGGGAAUCCCUUCUAAUUUCAGCAGUCCUAGAUUUAAUUCUGGACGUUUUCCACUCCAUUCUCCAUCAGUCAUCUCGCUUGACGGUGGUCCCAUGUAAUAAAUUAUGAUUGAAGGCUUCCAUACGCAAGCACUGAUUUGGAUCUAGGUUUCUUAGACCCAAAUCCAACCCUCUUCCCAUUUGCUACAAAGCAUUCUAAGUGUAUUUCUUAGUGUAUGAACCUCCUUAAAACCAACUUAAAGUUGUUGUUUUUUGUCCCCCUUAAGUCUGUGAAGGAAAGUCUAAAGUUUCUUAACCAUACAUACACCAGCAACCUGUCUCAUAGCAGUGUGGUCUGUGAAGUCUACUUUCUAAUGUUUGGGUCAAAUUCACGCUAAGCUUCCCAUGGAAAUGCAGCAAUUUGACUCUGAUAUUAUUGAAUACUUGGUCACUAUUUAGGUCUCUUUUUUAACUGCUGGCUGCUUGCUGUUCCAAGAUAAAUUUAUAUCUUGAUUUCUCUCUCUCUCUGUGUCAUGGCAAGCAUUUCUUUUUUUAGCAAGUUUCCUGCUGAUUGUGAAAUAUCUUUCAUUUGACUCCCCCUUCUGUUUACUUGGUAGGAGGCAGAAUACUGGGAAGAAGGACAUUUUUCAUUUUUGAAUCAAAUCCUUCUCACAGAUGCUGCUGGAUGGUGCCAAACUAUCCCCAUAUCCAAAGAGAUACUCUUUUUAGUCAGCCAGGAAAGAUGAAGAAGGAAGGAACCACUUGACAUGCCCAGGUGAUUCUUGGCGGGUUUUAAAAGGAAAACUUCCCCCUUUUUAAAAAAAAAAAAUAUGUCCAGUUUGCUGUUUUAGCUGCAUAUAUAAAGAUCAGUCAGCAUAUUUGUAGGUACCAACCCUACAAAGCAAGAUUUUGUAUCAUUAACAUUCUUAUUAUGAAUGUUCUUAUUAACAUUAAUUUUAAAUUUCCAAUUAUGUAUACAUUCCUCUUGUAUUUGAGACAGGGACUUUGCCAACUCAAUGGAUGGAUUGCUGGGAGUUGCAAGGCGUUUGUCUCUGAAUUUGAAACUAGAUGAGGAAUAUGGCUCGUUUGGGACAUACUCUGCUAAGCAGAGGUCUUUAGGUGCUGUUAAGACCACUUGAAAGAAACAGGAAGUGUUUAAUGGUGUUGAGGCCAUCUUUGCUAUUAUCCUACUGGAACUAUAGCCAUGAAGAAAAUGGCUUCUUUUGUGCCAUUUUGAGACAGUUAUGGGCCAGUUUGCCUCUCUGCCUCUUCAAAGGUUUGAGCCUCUGUUGUUUGGCUCAGGUGAAAUGUAAUUUUCUGAUGGGUCUUGUAUGCUGAACUGCAACAGGUGGCCCCUUGAGGUCCUCGGUGCCAAAUGGUUAUUCAUGUAGGCUUUUGGAGUUGGGCACAUAAUCUGUCCUAGAUUUCACACCGAAUCCCUCUUCCCCACUCUGUCAUGCUGGCUGCUGAGCAAGCUGAACUCAAUUUGCACCAAGAAUGGAGUCUAGAUAGUGCACUGUUCCCAUUGACCCCAAGUUCCUCCAGAGAAGAAAAUUAUCCUCAAUUGGAAGUGUGUAAAAUGCGUGAUCUAAUAUUGUGUGCUUGUGUUUUUGUGUAUGUAUGUGUGGGAGACAGAAACAGUUAUUUUAGUU